CGAUAAGCCGCGUAGUGUCUGUCGUGCGCUCUCCGCGCGUAAAAAACGAAAAUAUUGUGUUUGCUCCCCACGAAGACCGGCCGACGCUUUUAAAAAUAGCCUUGCAGAGGCGAAUAUUUCGUGAUUAAUAGUGGGUAAUUUGACGCGCGAAAUUUGACAUAACUAAAAUGAAGAAGUGCGUGUCUACAGUGCGUUUUUCGUAGAGGUGGUCGAGUGUUAGUUUGGUUGUCAAAUAAAUGUUUCGAUUAUGGUUUAGUGUUAUUUUACAAUGAUGGUUGAAAAAGUCGAAGGAUUUCUCAUGUAUCGUAAGCCGGUCUACAGGAUUUUUCAAUAUUUGGAAACUGAUGUUUCCCCAACACCCGCCGUGAACCAGGGCUCACCUAUAAGGUGUGCCCAAAACAGAGGCAACAUGGACAGCCCUAAAAAGUCACCCCAGAACAGCCCUGCCACCGCUGACAAGGCCACCGUUAAGGUUCAUUCUCCGAAUGGCGGCUUCAAUGUGGUUCGAUAUGGAGGAACCAUUGAUAUUAAGGGUAUUAUAUCCACAGUUACUGAAAGACUGUCUACUGGGGAGAGAGACUACAAGGGCCUUUAUGCGAUGCGAUUGUCCAGACCUCCAUCAAACGAGGUUCAUUGGUUGCAUCAAGACACAACAAUGCAACAAGUCCACGAGAAGUAUUUGAAAAAACAUCCAAAUUCAGAAUGGAGGUACGACUUGAGAAUAAGAUAUCUGCCUAAAAGUUUGAAGGAACUUUACGACAAGGAUAAAGUUACUUUCCAUUACUAUUAUGACCAGGUGAAACACGACUAUUACACAGAACUUCACAAGAAAGUGGAACAGGAAGUGGCCGUGCAGUUGUGCUGUUUGGAGAUCCGCAAAUAUUUCAAGGACUCCCCCCAAAACAUCCUCGACAAAAAAUCCAGCUUCGAGUAUCUGGAACGCGAAGUGGGCAUGCAGAAGUUCGUGCCCAACAGCGUUCUGGACAAAAUGAAGUCGAAAUCCUUACGAAAGAGCAUACAAUCGCACUUCAAGAAGUUCUCCCACAUGACGGACGUGGAGUGCAUGUUCAAGUUCCUGGAGAUCCUCAAAUUGCACACGAAUUUCGACCAGGAGAGGUUUCGCGUGGACUUCGGCAGCAGUUUUACCGUUCCCGUGGAGCUGGUCAUCGGCCCGGAGAUAGGGAUAUCGCACUUGAACGUCGGGCUGUCCACGUCGACGAACAUAGCCGAGUUCGAUCAGAUACAGGCGAUCCAAACUCUAGUCAACGACUGCGACGAGCACGCCAAGGCCACGCUGCAGCUGAAGGUGGCGGGAAAGCAGGAGGUUCUGUUUUUCACGUGCCCGAAUCUGGACGUGGCAGAGAGUUUGGCGGAUCUCAUCGACGGGUACUGCAGGCUGCAUUCCAGCACCGGGGCCUCCAUAUGGAAUAGAAAAGAUUUAAAUUCUUCCAAAAUUAAGUUGAACAGUCAUAAAGACGGCUUUUCUAAUCACACGGGAACUAUGCUUUCAGAGGACUAUGCUGAAAUUGUGGAAGAGGGGGAUUAUUCUAUCCCAGCAGUUAAAAACUACGAAUUAAACAGGAACAUGAUAGAAUUGGGCGAGAUUUUGGGCGAAGGCCAAUUCGGGGACGUCCAUAAGGGUAUUUAUAAAGUUAAGGAUAGUCAGUUGCCAGUGGCUGUGAAAACCCUUAAGGGCGACUCUGAUCAUGCGCGAACGGAGAAGUUUUUGGAAGAAGCAUAUAUAAUGCAAAAAUUCGACCACAACCACAUAAUAAAGUUGAUAGGCGUGUGCUCCGACUCUCCAGUGUGGAUAGUGAUGGAGUUGGCCAAGCUGGGCGAACUGCGCGCCUACUUGCAAAACAACAAGCACCGCUUGGACCUGGCCUCCCUCCUGCUCUACGCAUUCCAGCUCUCGACCGCUCUGAGUUACCUAGAAUCCAAGAAGUACGUGCAUAGAGACAUCGCAGCCAGAAACGUGCUGGUUAGCAGUGAUAAGGUGGUCAAGUUGGCCGAUUUCGGGCUUUCGCGCUGGAUGGGCGACGAUCAAAGUUACUACAAGGCUUCCAAGGGCAAGUUGCCCAUCAAGUGGAUGAGUCCGGAGAGCAUUAAUUUUAGACGUUUUACCACUGCCAGUGAUGUGUGGAUGUUUGGUGUAUGCAUGUGGGAAAUACUAAUGUUAGGUGUAAAGCCAUUCCAAGGAGUAAAAAAUAACGACGUAGCUAGUAAAAUUGAAAACGGAGAACGACUCGCUCUUCCCCCAAAUUGUCCUCCAAGAUUGUACUCGUUAAUGUCGCAGUGUUGGUCGUAUGAGCCCAGCAAAAGGCCUACUUUUAAAGAUAUUAAAGAAAUAUUACAGGAAAUUUUGAUGGAGGAGAAAAGCGUGCAGCAAGAUACUUUGCGGAGGGAGACGAGGAGGGCGGCUGCCAUGUCUUGGGGGCCAAACGAUGAUUUUGCUCCUCCUCCUCCAAAACCAAACAGAUAUCCAAUGCAAGGUACCGUCGAUUCGACAUCCCUCAUGUCGCUGGACGCGAACCCGAACCCGCAGACGUACAUCGUAGCCCAGAACCCGGAAGUCCUAGCCCGCCUGAUGAAGGAGAACGAAACCAGAGGCCUGACCGCGGCCGCCUACAUAACACCCGCCUCGGUAUUUAACACGGUAUCCGUAGAAUUCGAGAGAAAGCCCGAUCGGGAGGAGCCCUCCCUCAGAACCUGCCCCAUUCCCAUGCCCGCGUUGCGCAAGCUCGACCCCGAAGUCCCGGAGAAUGCCGAUGCCGUGAGAAAACCGGGAACGCUCGAGAGAACGCCGUCGCGGUGCAGCAACGGCGCCGCGACGCCCAAAAUGGGCUCCCUCGAGCGUAAAAUCCACAGCUCGGCGAGCAGCCUGGACAAAUCCGGCGUGUUCAGCCCAAAAAUGAACUCUCUCGAGAGGAAAUCCUCCUCGCGUAACUCCUCCCCGCGCAUGGGCUCUCUGGAGCGGCAAAACAGCCACACGGCGGCAUUCUCCUCGAAAAUGGGCUCGUUGGAGCGCAAUGUAGCCCAGCACCUUGAACCCAUUCCCGCGUACCAUCCCGAUCCGGUGCUCUAUCACUUUGAUACGCAAAAGGAGGAGAGCAUUUACGAUUUCGGCGGCGCAGACGUUAAGAGCUGCGCGCACAAGCAGCCGUUCUACUGCGCGCAGAAACAGAUUGUCGAUAAUAAGUUCAGUCAAGAGCAGCGGCUGCAGCCAACAUCGUCUCAGCAAUCCUUAUAUGGCGACCAACUUUUGGAAAGGUUUGGUGGUCAACCGACCUACUUGAAUCAUAACGUCCUUGAACAAAGACUAAAACAACAACAAAGAGAAUCCGAGGAAGAUUCACGGUGGUUGGUGGAGUCUGAAACACAUUUGAAUCGACUGAGCACCAUUCCAUCGGACACGGAUUCCCUUCAAGAGCACUCGCAAUCGCUAACGUCCCUGCCGACCAGUCCUACGAGCUCGAUGAACUACUCGAACUCCGCGUCGUACGCGCUCACCGGCAGCAUGGCCAGCGUGUCUCUGGGGGGCAACGGUCUGCACAGCAGCCACGGAUCGGUGUGCAGCAGCAAGAGUCACUCGCCUAGCGGCUCGAUCACGAGCACCAUGACUUUGACCGGCAAACAGGAGUCCGCUCACAGCGGUUCGGAAUGCGAGACUGAAAAAAAUAAGGAGGGCCAAGAGCCACCUGCAGCCAACCUGGAUCGAACUCACGAUCGCGUCUACGAAUGCACGACCGACGUCGUCAGAGCCAUCAUGUCGCUAUCUCACGGAGUCCAGCAGGCGAACGCAGACAGAUACUUGGACCUGGUUAAAAAAGUCGGCAUCGAUCUCAGGUCGCUUCUAGCCAGCGUAGACGAAAUUAUCACGUCAUUCCCGACUACCGCGCAUAGGGAAGUCGAAAUGGCGCAUAAAGUGUUGUCGAAGGACAUGGCGGAACUAGUCAACGCUAUGAAGUUGGCGAAUCAGUACAGCAGCACCACCUUGGACGCGGAAUACAGAAAGGGCAUGUUGGGUGCUGCCCACGUGCUGGCCAUGGACUCCAAGAACCUUCUGGACGUAGUCGAUGCCAUUCGCGUGCGCUAUCCGCAGAUAAACAAGCAGAUUUUUAAAUCCAACGACAGCCUUCCCGAGGCCGAGCAGCACCAAGCAGCCGAAUACGAAAAGCAAGAUAUACCAAAGCCUACCAGUCUCUCCUCCUCCUCCUACUCCAACCCUCCAAUGUCGCCCACCGCGGUCUCUUGUACCUUCGUACCCAUGUACUCGUCGAACAAUAUACAGGCGCCGGCCGCGUCUGCCAGUCUGAGUGCAACAAACCAAGUCGACAGUUAGUUUAAAUCGGAUCGCUUCUCGAUAGCAGCUUUACUAGACUAUGCCAAAAAAUUGCUUAUUUUUUUUUUUGAAAAAUAUAUCUAGAAUGUCAUUCAGAAUGACAAAAAAAAAAUUCGUGAAAAUUUGAGCCCUUAAUAAUAAUUUUAAGAGGUCUAUCAUCGCUAUUUUUAAUUUUUAGUCAUAAUAUGAUGUUUUAAGUUAGAACUGUCAAAACAUUACAGUGAAAAAAAUUUCUUUUCACUUAUUUUUAUAUAAAAUUAAAUUCUCUACAAAAAAGGUCUGAUGAAAAUUUUCGUCAGACGAGCCGUUUCCGAGUAAUUGAGCUUAAUAAAUCGAUGUGUUUUUUCGAUUUGCCCUUUUUACUUUGAAAUUUUGUAACU